AUGGGCGCGAAGCAGAGCGGCCCGGCCGCCGCCAACGGCCGCACCCGGGCGUACUCGGGCGGGGAUCUGCCUUCCUCCAGCGGCGGCGGCGCUAACGGGACCGGCGGGCGCUCGGCGGGCGCUGGCGGGCGCUACGCGCACUUGGCGGCCGCGGCGUCUCACGCCGCUCCCGGCGGCUCUGCGGCGGCAGGAGGAGCGGCGGCGGCGGCGGGGGGUGCCGCGGGGUCGGCACCCCGCAGCAGGUCCCUCCUGGGGGCGACCUCCUCCGGGGCCCGGGCCGCGCAGUCCGCCUUCAACAUCCCCCACAGCAGCGGCCCCUACGGCUCGCAGGACUCGGUCAACAGCACCCCGGAGGAGGGCGGCCGGGAGCGGGCGGCGGGCGGCGGCGGCGGCGGGCCCCGGCUGGUGAUCGGCUCGCUGCCCGCGCACCUCUCGCCGCACCUGUUCGGAGGAUUCAAGUGCCCAGUAUGUUCGAAAUUUGUAUCUUCUGAUGAAAUGGAUUUACAUCUUGUGAUGUGUUUGACAAAACCAAGGAUAACCUACAAUGAGGAUGUACUGAGUAAAGAUGCUGGGGAGUGUGCAAUAUGCCUGGAAGAGCUGCAGCAAGGAGAUACUAUAGCACGGCUGCCUUGCCUCUGCAUAUAUCAUAAAGGCUGCAUAGACGAAUGGUUUGAAGUAAAUAGAUCUUGCCCUGAGCAUCCAUCAGAUUAAGACGAGAUUCAUGUUUUUAGCUGCUUCCACUGAUCAGAAAACACAGGAGACCUGAGGUUCCCUCGCUGAACACAGCGUGCCUGGCUUGAGACUUAGGUUCUUUGUGGCUGAAAAAGGCAAAUAUGGACAGUGACAUGGAAUAAGCAUUGCAGAGACCAGUAACUUGCUGGUAGUGCUCAGUAUACCAAACACUCAUGCAAAGGACACACAGGGAUUUUGAAAAUGCUGCACAUUCUUUAACAAUCUACUCCCCACGGACGUUAUUGAUGCUAUUUGUGUUGGAAGGCCAAAGUUCCUGAUUUCAGCCUAACUUCUGGUUCUGUGAAGAAGCAGAUUAUUGGAUGCGUUUCCUACUGCCUCAAGUGGAAGCUGAGAUGUUCGCUACAUGCUGAGACCUGUACAGGAGGAUGGCCCCAUUUUUGAGAGGGAACGUUUUCACCUUCUUAUUAUCUGAAGAAGAGUAAAUGGCAAACUAAAUAUAAUAUAAUAUAACAGUGUGACCUUAUUUACUGAAUUCACACCCUAUUGUAUGUUCUUCACUUUUUUCAAGAACAGAAAACAUAAACUUCUCUGCAUAGGAAUACUAUAUUUCAAAGUUUUGUAAAUGAACCUUUGUCACAAUGCAGUCCAAAGAGUAAAACCAAGACAGGUAACUAAUUUAUAUUGCUCAAACUAUAGGGACUGUUGAAAUCUGCACAUUGUAUUGCUAUUUAAGUAACUAAAACUUCUCUUUUACUGCUUGUGAGUAAAACCGAAAAGAAAUGCAGCAAAGCAAAAUCUUAA